UUUACAAGAAAAAGAUCAAGAAACAGCAAACCACCGCUCCGGGACCCAGAUUGGAACACCUGAGAACGAACAACUCUCUUUGUACUGCUAUUUAACUUAUCCAGCUACUAGACUGUCAAUUCUUGCGAACAAUUAGAGGUUGCGACCAGUGCCAUUCCAACUUCUUCCUUGUCCCACGCAGCCCUUUCCAUCUCGGCCAUCCAGUCUAAGCAGACUGGGUAUAUUUAAAGGAGAACACAUACCAUUUCGAAUUCGAAUAUGAAGACGACGACUAUAGUUGCUGCCUCUGCAGGCACCAUUGUGACCGGUCUUCUGGCAUAUGCUAUCUACUUCGACUACAAGCGACAUUCCGACGCUGAAUUCCGAAGGAAUCUGAAAAGAGACAACCGACGACUAGCCAGGGCAGUCCGCGAAGAAUCAGCGGCUCAAGGCGCGCGUCAAAUAGCCGAGAUUAAACAAGCCGUCGCGGAAGCGAAGGCGGAGGGCUUCCCUACCGACCCUGAUGACAAGGAGAGAUUCUUCAUGGGCCAGAUUUCAAGGGGCGAGCAAUUAGCUGCGGAUGGAUCAAGUAACUUUGAAGCAGCCCUUGCAUUCUACAAGGCUCUCAAAGUCUACCCACAACCGAAGGACCUGAUCGCCAUCUAUGACACCACGGUUCCCAAGGACGUACUGGAGAUCCUGGCUGAGAUGGUGGGCCAGGAUACCACACUUCAACUGGGCUCGUUUACAGGUGGAAGCACAGCCGGGAGCAGCAGCGGAGGAGCGGACCAGCACGGGGUAGAAUAAAAAGUCGACAAAUUUCAACAAACAAAUCGAUAAUCGACAAAAAUCAACAAAUGGAAUAAUUGAUAACCUUGGAUAAACAAUUAUAUGUGCCGAACCAAAACGGUUGUCUCCGUCCUCACCGUGUUUUGUCCUUUGGUCCGCAUUUUCCGCAUUGAUGAUGGGCUUUUAAUUGGAACUCAUGACCUUUUUUCCUUGGUGUUGUUUCUUUUGUCACUCCCCCAUGAUUCCUCUCUCUCCCCCCUAUAUAUUGUAUAUUUAUUUCCCCUUGAAUUGCUCUAUUCACCGUACAACUUCCUCCCCACAUCAACUUGCUCAGUCAACAUGGUACUUUUGCAUCUGGCAGCGGUUAUUGGAGCGCGAGCUGAGGUGUUCUCCGUUUAAUUUAUCGGGCGGGGUACCACCACUACUAUCCUAUCUCUUGCUGGAUCGCCAUGGUCACGUUUUCUUUUCUUUUCUUUUUUUUCCCUCAUUUAUCAUUUUUUUCGUCUUGCUUCGUUCUCUUCUAGUUCCAUCGCUCUCGAACUAUGGAAAGGUUGUUUGGAUGCAUGUACAUGUACUUUUAUUAUGAUAGUAUCCAUUUAUUUUUAGACGCAUGGAUAUGAGGAGGGCAAGUCUGUUUUCUUUUAUACUGGAUGCCCUAAUAAAAAAGCAUCAUUGUACAGGCUUUAGUAGCGUGAAACAUUCGCUAAUCAGUUUGCUAGGUGAUGGAAUGGAACCGACCGGCAAGUUUCGAUCACGGAACAGUCGACAGUUUUCUUCUACUCCUAUUGAACGGUAGGAAUUAGCUUAAAAACAAGUCCAACAACAACCCACCAUAGGUGUAAUCCGGAUAUGAUGAAUUGUAAAUACUCAGGAUGGAGGGCGAAGAACUUAAAUAAUAAUAAUAAGAGAAGAGCGGCAUCUCACUCUCAACCUGAAACAUGUCCUAUUGUGAUAGCGUCGAAAUAAGCCAAGGUCCAAGCCGG